GUCCUUUAACUUAUUAUUUGAUGAUAGUUUAUAUCAUUAUCUGAGAGAGAGAGAGGGAGAGAGAGGCAGGCAGGCCACCAGGCACAGGUCAGUCGCUCAAAAACCCUUCUCACCAACUCACAUCUAGAAGCAGUUAAGUUUCCCAGCCUCUUUCUCUCUCUCUCUCUAGUCAAAGGUCUAUAAAUCCCUUCUCUAGCUUCCACAAGGGCUGGCAUUGAUGAUUAACCACCACUCCCCACCAUAGCACUAACACCUCUUCAUCCCCUUCCUCCUCCUCAUCUUCCACCUAUCUACCCCUCAAAGAAAAGUAUAAUACACAAGAACAGCAAUUACUUGGGAAGACAGAAAAUGCUACACUGCUAGUCCUACUAGAACUACUACUUGAUGGGGAGGUCUCCUUGUUGUGAGAAAGCUCACACAAACAAAGGCGCAUGGACCAAAGAAGAAGAUGAUCGGCUUAUAGCCCACAUCCGAGCACACGGCGAGGGUUGCUGGCGGUCCCUCCCCAAGGCUGCCGGCCUUCUUCGGUGUGGUAAGAGUUGUAGACUCCGCUGGAUCAAUUACCUCCGCCCAGACCUCAAGCGUGGAAACUUCACAGAAGAAGAAGACCAACUCAUAAUUAAACUUCAUAGUCUCCUCGGCAACAAAUGGUCUCUUAUAGCAGGGAGAUUGCCAGGAAGAACAGAUAAUGAGAUAAAGAAUUAUUGGAAUACCCAUAUAAGGAGACAGCUUUUAAGCCGAGGGAUUGACCCAGCAUCUCACCGGCCACUCAAUGAACCAGCCUUGGAUGUCACAACCACCAUCUCUUUUUCUGCUAUUGCUAAAGAGGAAGAAAGGAUAGUUGUUGGUGGAGUACUUGGGUUCAAAGAAGAGAACAACCACCAAAGGGAAGAAAGAUGUCCAGACCUCAAUCUUGACCUUCGAAUUAGCCUUCCUUAUCAGGAACCCCCUAAGCUAAUAUUGAAGAGUGAAGAGAGGAGAACCCUUUGUUUCUCUUGCAGUUUGGGUUUGCAGAAAAGUAAGGACUGCAGUUGUAGUAGUAACAGUAACAGUAACAGUAGCAGUAGCAGUAGCAGUAGUAAUAGCCGCAGUAGCAGCAGCAGUGGUAGUGAUUUCUUAGGGUUGAAAGGUGGUGUUUUAGAUUAGGGAUAGAAGGUUGGAGAAGAAAUAAUGUUGAAUUUGGACUUGUAUUGUUCUGGAUAGACUAGAAUGGAGAGAAAAGAGGAGAAGAGAUUCUUGUUAUUGUAAAUCUCUCCAGUAGAUUUCUCUUUAAUCUAAUCUACUUUGUAUAAGUACAUUAGCACAUAUAGUGUAAAACUAGACAAUGAGUUAUAAAACUACUGUGGUUAAUUUCAAAACUGUUCAACU